AUGGAGGAGGAGGAGCAUGUGGAGGAGGUGGAGCAGGUGGAGGAGGUGGAGCUGGUGGAGGAGGUGGAGCCGGUGGAGGAGGUGGAGCCGGUGGAGGAAGGAGAUGCAGCUUCCUCCUCCUCUCUCCCGGUCUGGGGCACCCUGGAGGAGGCGGCUGCUGCUGCAACAGCCAGUCUCCCCCAGAGCCCUGUGGGUGUCUGCCCCUCUCCCACUGCCAUGGCUGCCACUCCGGGGAGCCAAUCUGAAGACCAUGGCCUCAGCAUGCAAGAUGAAGUGCCAAGCACCUCGCAUGACCAGGAAGAUGCCAGUUCCUCACUCCAAGAGGCACUACGGGUGAAGAAGAAUGAGCUGGUACAAUUCCUGAUCAGUAGGUAUCUCGCCAAGGAGCCAAUCACAAAGGCAGAAGUGCUGAAUAGUGUCCUCAAAGAUUACCAGGACCACUUCGUGGUGGUCCUCGGUCAAGUCAUAGAGUACCUGCAGCUGAUCUUUGGUUUGGAGGUAAAGGAGGUGGACCCCAGUGAGCCCACCUAUAUCCUGGUCCCCAUCCUGGGCCUCACCCUCAAUGAGACGCUGAGGGAUGAGCGGAGGUUGCCCAAGGCCAGCCUCCUGGUGAUGGUCCUGUGCCUGAUUGCUGUGGAGGUCGAAUGCGCCCCUGAGGAGGCGGUCUGGGGCGCACUCAGUAGGAUAGGGGUGUGUCCCGGGAGUGAGCACUACGUCUAUGGGGAGCCCAGGGAGCUGCUGGCCCAAGUGUGGGUGCAGGAGGGUUACCUAGAGUACCGGCAGGUGCCUGGCAGCGACCCUGCUCGCUCCGAGUUCCUGUGGGGUCCCCGGGCCUAUGCGGAGACCAGCAAGUUGAAAGUCCUGGAGUAUCUGGACAGAGUCAAUUGA